AUGACGACCAAAUCAUUCAAGCUGCUCUGCUUGGAGAAUCCCCUCCUCGACAUCCAGGGCGUUGGUGAUCCUGCUAUGCUCGAAAAGUACGGCCUGAAACUCAACGACACGCUGCUGGCCGAACCCCACCAGAUGGGCCUCUACGACGACCUGAUCCAGAACCGCAACGCAAAGCUGAUCCCCGGGGGUGCGGCGCAAAACACCGCCAGAGGCGCACAGUACAUGCUACCGCCCGACAGUGUCUGGUAUAUCGGGUGCGUGGGCGAUGACGACUACGCAAAGAUCUUGAGAGAGAAGUGUAAGGAAGAAGGACUGCACGUCGAGUACCGCGUCGACCCUAGCACACCCACUGGGAAAUGCGGCGUCAUAAUCACAGACCACCACCGCACAAUGUGCACUCAUCUCGCCGCCGCCAACGAAUACAAACUCGAGCACCUCCUCGAACCGCGGAUCUGGAGCAUGGUCGAAGCGACUUCCGUGGCGUUCUACGUCGGCGGCUAUCACCUGACAGUGUGCCCCCCAGCAGCCAUGGCACUCGCCAAACACGCUGCCGAGACGAACAAGAUCUUCAUGCUGAGCCUGUCCGCUGGGUUUAUUCCACAGUUCUUCAAGGAACCGCUCGCCGAGAUCUUGCCGUACUGCGAUUUCGUGUUUGGGAACGAGAACGAGGCCAAGACGUGGGCGGAGUCUCAGGGCCACCCUUCCUCUAUUUCAAUGCAAGAGUGCGCCAAGCUGAUGGCCAAGCUGCCCAAAGUCAACGAAAAGAGACCAAGGGUGGUGAUUGUCACGCAGGGCACCGACCCGACCAUUGUGGCCGUGGCUGAAGCCGGGAAAGAAGAGGUGGAGCUCAAGGAGUACUCGGUGCCGGUCAUCGACGAGAACCUCAUCAACGACACGAAUGGCGCGGGUGAUGCUUUCGCAGGUGGCUUCUGCGCCGGCGUGGUCCAGGGCGAUCCUUUGGAAGACUGUAUCAAAAAGGGCCAGUGGCUAGCAAGGUUGAGUCUGCAGGAAUUGGGCCCUGCAUAUCCCCGGCCGAAGCAGACAUACAAGGCUUAA